AUGGAAAAAUCAAAAUUAGCAAAAGUUGAAAAAGUAUUAGGAAGAACAGGAAGCAGAGGAGGUGUCAUACAAGUAAGGGCACAAUUUAUGGGAGAUAGCGAAUUAUCUGGUAGAUUUUUAAUUAGAAAUGUUAAAGGUCCAGUAAGAGAAGGUGAUAUUUUAGCUUUAUUAGAAACAGAAAGAGAAGCAAGAAGAUUACGUUAA